CCGCUAAAAAUAACGCCCUUCUUCUCUUUAUCUCAUCCGCUUAUUUUGGCGGCACCAAACCCGCACUCUUACCCGGAUUUCACUCUCUUCUUCUCUCAAUCCUAUCUCUUCUGUCUCCACUCGGUCCUUGAUUCCUACAAAUACCAAUUUCUUGUUUCGCCUCUUAGAUUCUGAGUUUCCUUUAUGUGUGCGGAGGAAAGCUUCGAUGGCGGACGCUAAUAACCAUUCCUUUUCUCCCUCCAGUCUCUUCUGCCGAGAAACCGAAGCCUGUUUCGAUGGCGAAGAUGAAGAAGAAGAAGAAGAAGAAGAAGAAGAUGAUGAUCGACCCGUUUACAGUAUUUAUUGUGAUAAUCCGUGUUUUGUUGUGGCGGAGAAUGAGGGUGAGUUUAUUGAGAAUUUGGUUCAGAGGGAGACGAUGAGUUUCGGUUCGAGAAUGAAGGUCGAUGAUUGUUCGAGAACAAGCCUUAGCUGGCUCAAAUGUGCUCGUUUGGAUGCAAUUGAAUGGAUUUUCAAUACAAGAGCAGUGUUUGGAUUUCAGCACCAUACGGCUUAUCUUUCCAUCACUUUCCUCGAUCGAUUUCUAUCGAGAAGAUCCAUUGAAGUAAGCAAAACAGAAACAGAACUAACUCAAUGUAAUGCGGUUUUAUAUUUGCCUAUGAUUGGGUGA